CAAACACUGCUGUGGACCAUUCUUGUCCUUUCUACACGGUUUCUUGUUUUAAUAAACGGAUCAUAGAUUCAUAGAGAUCAAUUCCUCCAUUUUUUGUGGAUUUCUGGUCACCGAUUUGAUCAUAGAAACAUAAACUGAUAAACCACUUUUUUCUCUCUUCGAAGUCGCCGCAGAUGGCCUUGCCGCCGUCUCUGAACUCCUUGCCGGUGGGCUACCGGUUCCGCCCGACCGACGAUGAGCUCGUCACCCACUAUCUCAAGCUCAAAAUCAACGGGUUUGAAGACCAAGUCCGUGUAAUUCGCGAAUUAGACAUUUGUAAACUCGAGCCAUGGGACUUGCCUGAUUUGUCUGUUGUCCAAUCACAUGAUAAUGAGUGGUUCUUCUUCUGCCCGGUAGACCGCAAGUAUCAGAACGGGCAGAGGAUGAACCGGGCUACCGAAAGAGGGUACUGGAAAGCCACUGGGAAAGAUAGGAAUAUACUCGGUAAAAACCGAGUCUUGGCUGGGACGAAGAAGACUCUGGUGUACUAUGAAGGCCGAGCUCCGGGUGGAAAGAGGAGUAAUUGGGUGAUUCAUGAGUAUAGGGCAACCGACGGUUCCCAUGAUGUCCAGGCCCCUUUUGUGCUUUGUCGUCUGUUUAAGAAGAAUGCGGUGAAGAAAGAUGAAAAUGCUGAGAGCCCGGAGAGCGAAUGGGCUGAGCCAAAUGCAUCUCCUUGUGUAACGGUCAAGUCACCCGGAGAAGAAGAUGACAAGUCAGAGACUGUGACUCCAAUAAGAAGCAAUCAAGUUGAAGCACUUCCUUCAACCUCAGAGAAGAGUUCUUUGGAGGAAUCUCCAGUUUCUCAAUUUCCUAGUGAAAGUAAUAACGUUGUCUGCACUCUUGGUAAGGAUGCAGAAGAUAGUUGGAUGGACUUAGCUUCACUUCCAUUUGAUCCCGAGCUGGAAGAAGCAUUGGCAAGCCUUCGCGACCCUUCAGAAGAACAGCUAGACAUGUUUUAUUUUCCUCGUACAGAAAUGCACGGGUUUGGAUCUUCCUAUGCAUAUGAGGCUGCUACUAAUGACAGUGGCAUAAAUUACCAGUGUGAAACAAAUGGAUUUGAUGAGAAUGAUUUCAUGAACUCGGUCCUUGUUAAUUCAGACGAUGUUCCAUGGGGAAAUGUUGGACCAGAAACCAUAUCUUCUGAACAGGCUACGUACCAUCUUAACACUAUUAUGAAACCUUCAGUGAUGGACAAUGGAUUCUCCUGUGAGUCAGAUGUAGAGGUGACAUCAGGACUGGUCAAGACAGGAAUUUUGGAUGUUGUUCCUACAAUGGCAUCACUGCAUCAUGUUUCUAAUCCUACUAGAUGGGUCUAUACUUCUAGUGACCAUAACGAGAAUGGGAAUCUAGAUAUGGACAAUAGCUACCUUGGACCCUUCUCAGCAGUCUCUAAUGGAAGUAUGGCUCUCAAUGCUGUGAAUCUUGAUGGAGCCUGCAGCAGCUCCGCGAAUGCACUCAGCAGUUUCGGAACUGGAAUAAAACUAAGGACCCGACAAGGGCAUAUUAGUCAAUCAUCUGACAGACAGCUCACAAUGCAGGGGAAUGCUCCGAGAAGAAUUCUUUUACAAGUGUCAUCCAAACAUGCUAUAUCUGAGGAGAAAAUCACUUACAAGAAAACAUUUCUAUUGCUCAUGACAAAGGUGCUUGUAGUUGUGAGUCUACUGCUUAUGGCAUUCAUUGGCGGCUGGGCAUGCUUACGACUUUGAUGGAUGUUUAGUUGGAGAACAGAAUGUACGUUUUCGCGUACUUAAACGUUCUCAUUAGUUAGCAUUUGAAAAUGUUCUAUGUACCAGGAUUAGAUUGUAUUCAUUGCUACCUAUUGCCAGUAUAUAGCAUUAAUGCAGUGGUUUUUGUAAAUUUAUUGUUUGGUAAUCAGAAUGUUGACAAUGAUGUAGGAAUUGUUGUAUCCUCUUAUCAGGUUAUGUUCUGUGUAAGUUGAUUAAGAGUUAGAACAAAAACACAUCACCUUAAUAAGUCAUUAUCACGGCCACAUAAAUAAAAGAAUUAACAAUGG